AGCCAGAGAGCCUACCGGUUCGUACAGGGAAAGGACUGGGGCUUCAAGAAGUUUAUUAGAAGGGAUUUCCUAUUGGAUGAGGCGAACGGUUUGCUUCCCGACGACAAACUCACUCUCUAUUGUGAAGUGAGUGUAGUGGCCGAUUCAGUCAACAUAUCGGGUCAAAACAAUUCAAUACAGUUUAAGGUUCCGGAGUGUCGUCUCUCCGAUGAUCUGAGUAUUCUAUUCGAGAGCCAAAAAUUUAGUGAUGUUUUACUAGUGGUAAACGGACGCGAAUAUUAUGCACACAAAGCCAUUCUCGCGGCCCGAUCUCCAGUCUUCGCCGCUAUGUUUGAACACGAGAUGGAGGAGAAGAAGCAGAACAAAGUGGAGAUCACAGACAUGGACCACGAAGUGCUCAGAGAAAUGCUGCGAUUCAUAUACACCGGCAAAGCGACCAAUUUAGAGAAAAUGGACGCCGACUUACUGGCGGCCGCUGACAAAUACGAUUUGGAACGACUGAAAGUGAUGUGUGAAGAGUCUCUCUGUUCCAACUUAUCGGUGGAGACGGCGGCAGAGGUGCUGAUACUGGCAGACAUGCACAGCGCCAACCAAUUGAAAGCACACGCCAUUGAAUACAUCAAUACACACGCCACAGACAUAAUGGAAACCCAGGGCUGGAAGACAAUGAUCAACAGACAGCCCCAUCUCAUAGCAGAAGCGUUUAGAGCGUUGGCCACACAACAAAUGCCUCCAAUAGGUCCGCCCCGUAAACGGAUUAAACAGUCUUAA